AUGGAGAACCGAUGGUGGACCGGACAAGUGGGUCUUCCGGGAAUAAACACUUCAAUAUCCGGCCGAUCAACACACAACAGGAUACCAGAUCUGAUCAGCGAUGACACCGAAGAAGAAGAUGAGAGAGAAAACAGCGACGAGCCCAAAGAAGGUGCGAUCGAGGUGGAAAACAGGCGGCGGCGGCCUAGAGGCAGACCGCCCGGUUCAAAGAACAAACCAAAACCCCCCAUCUUCAUAACUAGGGACAGCCCUAACGCACUACGAAGCCAUGUCUUGGAAAUAGGGACAGGAUCCGACGUGGCAGAAUCCAUGGCUCAGUUUUCAAGACGCCGCCAGCGCGGCAUAUGUGUUCUCAGUGCUAGUGGCCAGGUCACCAAUGUCACUCUUCGUCAGCCAUCUUCACCCGGCUCCUCAGUCAUGACCUUACCCGGAUUAUUCGAGAUCAUCUCGUUGAACGGGACGUUUCUACCCGGACCAGCCCCGCCCGGGUCGACUGGGUUGACCGUGUACUUGGGGGUUGGGCAAGGGCAGGUCGUAGGUGGUUGCGUGGUGGGACCGUUGGUGGCGGCCGGACCGGUGAUGGUGAUAGCUGCAACGUUCUCAAACGCUACAUACGAACGGCUGCCUUUGGAGGAGGAAGAGGAGGAGGAGGAUCACGGCGGUGGAAAUGGACCGGUUGGAGACGUCGGUUCGCCGGGCAGAUUGGGGCAGACGGGUUUCGGGUUGCCUCCAAACGGGCAGAUGAAUCAUGAUGCAAUUGCUUGGACCCGUCAUGGUCAUGGCCGCCCUCCUUAUUAA